GUAAAAUGUUAUUGUUAUUUUUGAUAAGUUUGGUGCCUCUAGUGGUUGCUAAAAAUGAAUUGUACAUGGGGUACAAAGUUUACAAUGUAAAACUCACCUCACAACAGCAGCAGGAAAAUUUAUAUCUGUUAAAAGCAGAUGUAUUAGACUACUGGAUAAAGCCAAACUUCAAGUAUGGCGUCACAGGGUUAGCCAUGGUGCCUCCGUCACACUUCAGCUGGUUUGAAGAAAGGCUUGAUGAGCUGCAAGUUGACAAGGCAAUUGCUAUUGAAGAUGUAUACACAUACUUGUCUGCCAAGGAAUCAAGUGUCACAAAGAAGGUGCCAAGCACCGCUUACAAUAACGAAUACCCCAAUGAAACAAAUGGAUCCGAUGGCGAGGGAGAUGAAAACGAUAGAAUUGAAGAAAAUAACGUCACUGGCGGAGACGAGGAUGAUGGCAAUGAAACCGGAGAAACAAACGUCACCGAUGAAGAUGAGAAUGAUGGCAAUGAAACUGAGGAAGCUAACGUCACUGAUGAAGACGAGAAUAGUGGCAAUGAAACUAAGGUCACUGAUGAAGAUGGAGACGGUGGCGAUGAAAGUGAAGAAACGAAUGUUACUGACGAAGACGAUAGAACUGAAGAGGUUGACGUAACCGAGGAAAGUGAAGAGUAUGAUAUCACUUUUGGCUUUGACGAUUAUUAUCGGUAUAACACAAUACUGAACUACAUAUACAAAAUACGAAAUGCCUAUGAAGAUUCUCAGACCACUGCUAUUGAAGUUGUAGAAUUUGGUUCAACUGAUCUUAACAGACCUUUGGUAUAUCUAAAAUUAACUAGAAUCGGUGGCGAAGAAAACAAGCCCAUUAUUGUUAUCGAGGGAGGAAUAAAUCCAAGGGAAUGGAUCACUAUUCCCUCUGCUUUAAAGAUUGUAGAAGAAGUAUUAGAAAGUAACCAAGCGAGAUAUUUAGAUAAUUUUGAUUGGAUUGUUGUACCUGUAGUAAAUCCUGAUGGAUAUGAAUACACGCAUACUGAUCUUCGUCUUUGGGAGAAGAAUCUCAGCACGAAAAGCAAUUGGGGCUUCAUUUGUCCUGGCGUCAAUAUCAACAGAAAUUUCAACAUCGACUGGUCCAGAGCCGAUUCUAGUUCCAGUGCUUGCAGCCACCUUUAUGCUGGUGCUGAAGCAAACUCUGAAAUCGAAACACAAUUCAUCCAAAGCAUCGUAGAUACUUACAAAGACCGGAUCAGCAUGUACAUUUCUCUACAGAAUGGUGGAGGCUAUAUCUCUUAUCCUUGGCAGUAUGAAUUCGCUGCAAGUGGUACGUUCAGACAAAACCAUUUGCUCGGCAUGGAAAUGGUAGCAGCAAUGCAAGAUGAAUAUCAUCUGGAUGUAGCCUCGGUAGCUUACGGAGAUAGAGCGUCUGGUACAAGUUCAGAUUAUGCUAGAAGUAAUAAUGUGUUGUAUGCUUUUAAUAUUGAUAUUGUGAGACGAGGAACUGAUGGAGUUAUUUUGCCAGAAAAUGAAAUAGUUGGCAUUACCGAAGAUGUUUGGCGUGCUGUGGCCGUCGCUGCUGAUAAUUUGAUAAACUAGAAUUAA